CAGCUUCACUGCCGGCGCGGAGUUAACCCUUUACCCCCCUCUGCAGACUAGACGGGUACCUGAUCUAUAGGAAGUUGCUCACACUCCAGGCCAUACAAUAAUUUGCUCCUUUACAGGCCCCGGGGAUGGUAAUCUGCAUUCCUUGGCACUGGCGUCCCCUCUGUGGGAGUCCCCGAAGCGGCUCUCAUGUUGGAGACUGUCACUCGGCGGGGCCCUAUUGUCCCUUGGUUUCCAGGAGAAGCGGGUCACAUGAUGCAAACAGUCCAGCAAUAAGCUACAAUAGAGACACAAAAAAGCAAGCUGAGAGGGAGGAGGGAGCGACCGUCCCGGAAAGUGACACCUUAGUCCCACGGAUUAGCAUUGCGCGCUUAUGAGCACCCAACGUCUCCCGCUAUAAGUGGAGCCCGCAGCGCCAGGGACCCCAGGAGCAGACGUCCCCGGCGCGGCCACAGAAUGAGCCUCAGAGGGGUGUCCUUGCCCAGUACCCCUGUUGUCACACUGGGGAACUUCAAUACACCAAAAAGAAGAUGCUCGAUUACUCCGCUGUGCCUCCCCGCACUGUCCACAGCAGCCCCAUCACAAACAUGUAUGUUCCCCCAGCGCCUGAACCCCCUGCACCCCCCAGAUGUGAGGAGAAGAAUUGUGAGCCUGGAGACGGUGGCCGCUCAUCAUCACAACCAGCAGAGGGUCAUCAACAUGCAGCAGAAAGAAUACAGCAGGUUUCACCAGGGCUGGAGACGACCAUUUUAUGGCACCGCAGCUGAGAAAGAGGACUACAGGAGAGAAAUUAGACAACUGUUAAAGAAGCAGAUGAGUGAAAAGUGGACCACGAGCAGAGAGGCGCUCGCCGGGCAAAGCAAGGAGCUAGAAGCCUUAAAAGAGGCCGACCGAUUUGCGGUGAUUCAGGAUCUAGAGCAAGAAAGAGCAAAAUCCUUGUUCCUGAGGAGAUACCGGGAUGAGAACAAGCAGUUAAUGGAGAGCAAAUGGCAAGAAAACCGCCUGACCCGAUCGAUGGAGAUGCUGAAGGAGAGAGAGCUGCUGCAGUAUAACCCCAUUAACUGGAGCGGUACACUGAAAUAAGCAGAGUUCAGUGUAUGGGGGGG